AUGAGGACAUCCAGGAAGGGCAGCGUGGAGAUGCCUGCGUUUGUGCGUCAGCUGGUGAAAGAGACUGAAAAGAGGGUCAGCUCUUUCUUCAAAGGGGGCCGUGGAGGAGCAGCAGAGGGAGAGCAGCCAGGGGAGGGGGAGAAAGAGGAGGUUAUCCCCAGCCCCUAUCUGGACCGGCCGGUCUUGGACAAGCUGACAGAGGAGGGCUGUGCCCGCUGGGGCCUCACCUAUGCCCUGGGAAGCAUGCAGGGCUGGAGGGCCAACAUGGAAGACUUUCACAAUUGUGUGCCACAGCUAGGUGGAGAGCUGGCUGACUGGAGCUUCUUUGCUGUGUUCGAUGGUCACGCAGGCAGCACGGUGGCACAAUACUGCUCCCAGCACCUCCUGGGUCACAUGCUGGCCACAGGUGGAAUGGGACCAGAGGACGACCCAGAAAGGGUGAAAGGAGCCAUCACAGAGGGCUUCCUGCAAACAGACAAGCACCUCCACUCUGUGGCACGCCGUGAAGGAUGGGAGAGAGGUGGCACCACCGUGGUAGCCACUUUGAUCUCACCAUAUUACAUCUACUUCGCCAACUGUGGUGACUCGAGGGCCAUGCUGUGUCGCUCUGGCCAGGUUUGCUUCUCCACUGAGGACCACAAACCUUACUGUCCUCUGGAGAAAGAGCGUAUCGAGAGCGCAGGAGGCUCCGUGUCCAUCCAACGGAUCAAUGGCUCCUUGGCAGUCUCCCGUGCCCUGGGGGACUUCAGCUACAAGGGGGCAGAGAACCGGACACCCAGCCAGCAGAUGGUCUCACCAGAGCCAGAGGUGUGUGUGGUGGAGCGCUCUCCAGCAGAUGAGUUCCUGGUGCUCGCCUGUGAUGGGGUGUGGGACACCAUCAGCAACGAAGAGCUGUGUGCUUUUAUCCACAACCGGCUGCGUGUCUGCACUGACCUGAGAGAUGUCUGCACUCAAGUUAUUGACCUCUGUCUCUAUAAGGGCAGUUUGGACAACAUUAGCAUCAUCCUGCUCUGCUUCCCUGGAGCCCCCCAGCUGUCAGCAGAGGCACUGCACCAGGAGGCUGAGCUAGAGGACCUGCUGGAGUCAAAAGUAGCAGAGAUUUAUGAUGAGCUGUGUGCCAGAGGAGAGGAGCCUGACCUACUGUCCGUCCUCACAGUCCUCGCAUCCACCGUCAUCCCUGGUUUACCACCAGGUGGAGGCAUACAGAGCAAAAGAAACUGCAUUAUUUCUGCUUACUAUCAACAAAGAGAGACACACAAGCCCACACCAAAUGGACUGGGAGGCUCCUGAGAAGCCCGGCUGCAUUUUGCCACAAAGGAUGGAGGGACUGUAAUUAAUGUCAGUAUUAACUGUUGUCUUCAUGUGUGCAAUUUGACAAAAAGGGAGAUGUCAAAAAGACAGG